AAGGUGCUGCUGCGCCGGUGCCGGCGUCUCGUUUAUAAGCGGUGGUGUUGUGCUGGUCGGGUGAUUAUUUGGAUCUGCAGUGACAGAAUACUGGAGAGAACAGCAUUUUGAGAAACCUCCCCUCACCCCCAUCUAUGAAACCCUGUCCUGUGUCAGUGAGGAAAUAUGAAAGACAUUGACCUGGGCGAAGACUAUGCACUCCCCAGCCCUGAGUACAGGGGUGUGGCCAGGAGAAACACACAGGAGCUUUGUGAAACCAAGUACCAGCCUCCUAAAGCACAGAACCACUCUGUGUGCCAGGAUGCCUUGGAGACAGCUGCGCGAGCAGAGGGGCUUCCCCUGGAGCAGCUUAAAAUCCUGGACGAGGAGAAUCACAAGAGCAAGUACCAUCAGAGCAUCAACCUGCUUAAACCGUUCCGCACCACGUCCAAACACAAGCACCCCGUGGACAAUGCUGGCCUGUUCUCCUUAAUGACAUUUAACUGGCUAACUCCUGUGGCUGCCAAAGCCCAUAAGAAAGGAGAGCUGUUCCUUGAGGAUAUCUGGGCACUGUCCAAGCUUGAGAGCUCAGAGCACAACAGCAAGAGGCUGGCACGGCUGUGGCAGAGUGAGCUUCAGGACUGUGGGGAGGAGGACGCUUCUCUCAGGAGGGUGGUCUGGAAGUUCUGCCGCAGCAGGAUUCUCAUCUCUAUAGUUUCCCUUAUGAUCACACAGCUAGCAGGCUUCACUGGACCAGCCUUCGUGGUGAAGGGUCUGCUGGAAUACACGCAGCACAGCGAGGUCCACAUCUCCUACGGCUUGCUGCUGGUUCUCGGGCUUUUCAUGACAGAGGUGAUCCGGUCCUGGUCUCUGGCCCUCACCUGGGCCCUUAACUACCGCACUGGCACCCGGCUCCGAGGGGCAAUCCUCACUCUGGCUUUCCAGAAGAUCCUCAGGCUGAAAAACAUCAAGGAGAAGUCAGUGGGAGAGUUGAUAAACAUGUGCUCCAGCGACGGUCUGCGGAUGUUCGAAGCUGCCGCGGUGGGGAGUUUGUUGACCGGUGGCCCGCUCAUAGCAAUCCUCGGGAUGGUUUUUAAUGUGAUUGUUCUCGGACCUACUAGUUUACUGGGAUCAGCGGUCUUCAUUCUCUUCUACCCAGCCAUGAUGUUUGUCUCCAGACUCACAGCCUAUUUCAGAAGAAAGGGGGUCGCGGUGACAGAUGAACGGGUGCAGAAGAUGAAUGAAAUCCUCAACUACAUCAAGUUUAUAAAGAUGUAUGCCUGGGUGAAAGCGUUUUCCCAGGCUGUGCAGAAGAUCCGCGAGGAGGAGCGGAGGAUCCUGGAGCUUGCCGGGUACUUCCAGAGCAUCACUGUGGGGGUGGCUCCCAUCGUGGUGGUGAUUGCCAGCGUGGCUACCUUCUCUGUGCACAUGCUGCUGGGCUAUGACCUCACCGCAGCCCAGGCCUUCACCGUUGUGACGGUCUUCAAUGCCAUGACGUUCGCUCUCAAAGUGACCCCGUUCUCUGUGAAGUCUCUGUCCGAGGCCUCCGUGGCUGUAGACAGGUUUAAGAGUUUAUUUCUAAUGGAGGAGUAUGUAACCUGGGUUUGUGAGAGAAUCCGCAGUCUGAUGUGUCAGCACCGUUUGUUUUGA